UCUCUCUCUCUCCGUCUCUCUCUCUCUCUCUCAGGAAGUCAAACUUCACUCUCUCUCUGACUGAUCAUUAGACAGCAACAAACGCGAUGCCAGGCAAGAAAGUGUGUAUUAUCGGCUCAGGAAACUGGGGUUCUGCCAUUGCUAAGAUCAUCGGGCACAAUGUGAAAGCAUCAAACCGCUUCGAUCCAAUGGUGAAGAUGUGGGUCUAUGAGGAGAUGAUUGAUGGACGCAAACUCACCGAGAUCAUCAACACCGAACACGAGAACGUCAAAUAUCUGCCUGGACACAAAAUGCCCAAAAAUGUGGUGGCGGUUCCUGACGUCACAGAGGCCACAAGCGGAGCCGACUUCCUGAUCUUCGUCAUUCCUCAUCAGUUUAUUGGGAAAAUCUGUGACCAGAUGAAACCUCACGUCAAACCUGGAGCCAUCGGGGUCUCCCUCAUUAAAGGUAUCGAUGAGGGUCCGGAUGGACUGACCCUGAUCUCUAACAUCAUCAGGUCCAAGCUGGAGAUCGAGGUCAGUGUGCUGAUGGGCGCCAACAUCGCCAGCGAGGUGGCCGAGGAGAAGUUCUGCGAGACCACCAUCGGAGCCACUAAUGAAUCCAACGGCAAGAUCUUCAAAGAGCUUCUGCAGACGCCGAACUUCCGCAUCACUGUGGUGAAGGAGAGCGACACGGUGGAGCUGUGUGGAGCGCUGAAGAACAUCGUGGCGGUGGGUGCAGGUUUCUGUGACGGUCUGGGUUUCGGUGACAACACUAAAGCUGCUGUGAUCCGGCUGGGGCUGAUGGAGAUGGUGGCCUUCUCCAAAAUCUUCUGCAAGAGUGCCGUCAACUCCGCCACCUUCCUGGAGAGCUGCGGCGUGGCCGACCUCAUCACCACCUGCUACGGAGGACGCAACCGCCGCGUGGCCGAGGCCUUCGCCCGCUCGCAGAAGGUCCGACUCAAACGCCUGCAUCCCAAACGGAUUUAUUUUGACCUGUGACGCAGGUCAUCACUGUGCAGUUUAAUGUGCGCAUCAUCUGUUAUUAACCCUCAGACUCAAUCUUUCUGCU